ACAAUCUUGGGAGAAAUGCAAGAAAAGGCAUGGCUUUCUUACACUAUAGUCUUCUUCUCAUACUUCUCUUCUGCAUUUGCACUGCAGUGUCUGUCGAUCCUCUGGGCAAUUUUUGCGAUGAUGCAACCAAAUUCAAUAAUGCUAAAACAUCAGCAAAUAUCGGAAAGGUGUUAGCUGAAUUAUUAUCAGUUUCUGCUAAAGAUAGCUUCAGUACUACCUCCUAUGGUUAUGCUAUGAACCAAGUCUAUGGCCUGUACCAAUGCAGAGGAGAUAUUAGCAGCAAUGAAUGCUUAAGUUGCAUCAAAGACGCAGCAAAGGAGAUCCAAAAACGCUGUCCAGACCAAACUGAUGCCAGAAUUUGGUAUGACUUUUGCUUCUUGAGGUACAACACUAAGAAUUUUUUGGGACAAGUUGAAACAACUCCUGGUAUAUUCUACUACAACGUCGAUUUUGUAUCUGAUACUGACUUCUUUAAUAAGAAACUAGUGCAACUAAAGAAUAAAAUAACUGCAGAGGCUAUUGUGCCAAAGAACAAAGGGCUUGGAAAAGGAAAAAGUAAACUAUCACCUUUUCUUACUCUAUAUGCCUUGAUGCAAUGCACAAGGGACAUACCCGAGAUAGACUGUGCUCAAUGCCUGGCCGUAGCAGUUGGCAAUUUCCCCACUAUUUGCUUAAACAGGAAAGGAUGUCGAAUCCUAUAUAGCAGUUGCUACGUUCGUUAUGAACUCUACCCAUUUUUCUUUCCCUUAGACCCGAAAGAGAAAUUAGCCAAUGUGUCAAUGAACUACACAAUGAAAGUUUCCAGACCUUAGUCGGUUGUUGUGUAAUGCUUUAUGUAUUAAGAAGAUGAAAUGUUUUUACUUGUUUGUGUUUUCAUUGUAACAUUCGCAUUUCCAAUAAUUACAAGUGUAUGAGCAAGCUCAGUGCAGACAGUUCAACAUAUGUUUUGUCUGCUCAGAGAAAAGCUGUACUAGUAUGUUCUUGAGAUAUAUUACAAAUUGUUGUAUUCAAGUUA